AUUUCCCCAAAACUCGGCAGAAGCAAGCGCCAUCGGAUGGCCACCAGCCUGAAUAUCAGUCUAAGCAGCCAGAGAUGCCGAGCUGCCAAACCUCCCCCGCCGGGCGGGGGAACGCCAUCGGCCCCACAGCCGUCGUGAUCCAGAGCGUGUUGCUGAGCAAGCUAACACCUCCACACUUUUUAAAAUAAGAAUGGGGGUGGGGUGGGAUGAAGCUGCUCCAUCUGUUCUUCAUCUUUGGAUUCUUCUACCAGAACCCUCUAAUCUAAGUGAAGAAGUGAGCAGUCUCACCUGAGCUAACAUGUCUGCGAUCAAGAAAGUUGCUGUAAUUGGGGCUUCGGGCAACCUCGGCCCCGCCAUCGUCCAGGAGCUCCUCGCUGCUGGCUUCUCGGUGACGGCCCUCAGCCGUGCCUCGUCGACGGCCACGUUCCCCGACAGCAUCGCCGUUGCGAAGGUCGACCUAGGCUCGCUUGAGUCGGUCAAGGCCGCCCUCGAGGGCCAGGACGCCGUCGUCUCGGUCGUGGCCACCGCCAGCGCCGGUCAGCAGCAGGUCCUCGUGGACGCCGCCGUCGCCGCAAAGGUCAGGCGCUUCAUCCCCUCCGAGUUCGGUAUCAACACCCGCAUCGUGGCCGGCACCCCCAUCGGCAGCAUUCUCGGCGGCAAGGUCGCCUCCGUGGACUAUCUAGACUCCAAGGCGAAGGAGAACCCGUGGUUCUCGUGGUCUGCAUUUUCGACGGGAUUCUUCUUCGACUGGGGUCUGGCAGCCAACACCCUCGGAAUUGACCUCGCCACCAAGACGGCAACGGUGGUGGACUCGGGCAACGAGAAGUGGCAGUCCAGCAACCUGCCGCAUAUCGGCAAGGCGGUCGCGGCCGCACUGAAGAACCCGGAGAAGACAGCCAACAAGUACCUGCUCUCGGCGUCCUUCAAUGUCUCUCAGAACGACAUCAUCAAGACGACGGAGGAGCUCACAGGCAUCAAAUUCACCAUCAAUCGCCUGGACUCGAAGCAGCUGCAGCAGCUAGGCGAGGACAAGCUUUCCAAGGGCGACUACAGCGCCUUCAGGGAGCUCGUCAGGGUCUGGAACUAUGCCGAUGGGGCCGACCACGCGCUGAAGCCCGAGGAUAGCGUCGACGAGCUGCUCGGUGUGCCCGGUGAUGAUCUGACGGCCUCGAUCAAGGCCUGGUUGACCAAGGCCGGGGCGCUGUGAUGCAGCUGGUAUUACACUGCACAAUGUUAGUCGAUAGAUCGAGCGCUUCCUAAUUACUCCUUAGUUCUCUGGACAUUGGCCACAUCGCACCACGGUUACCCUACAUCCUGGAUCGUCGCCUGUUUGUGAAUGUUUUACAGACG